AUGAAUAACGGCCAAGCCCAAUCCAAUUCUAGUCAGCCGUCGAUCCCAGGUCUGAAUCCCGACUUCCAGAUGUUGUUCCCUUUCCUACAGAACCAGCUUCCGUUCCCCAUGCUACCGCCACAACUGUCGAUGGCCAACAACCCGAUGGCUAUGCCAUUCAUGAGGGGUGGGCAUGUGCCGCCACCUGGACCUCCGUUUGGAGGGUUACAGUGGAGUAACGAGAACGAUGGGGUUAAAGACGAUCCAUCGAUUGAGUUGGAAGAGAAGGAGCUGUGGGAUCGUUUUAGUGAUUGCACGAAUGAAAUGAUCAUUACUAAGAGUGGCAGGUCUGUUUUGGGCUUUAAAUGACAUAGUGUUAACUACUUCGUACUUUACAAUGAUUUAAGAGAUAUCUCAAUAAGUUUCAAGCUAUAAAUUGACUAUACCUUGCUUGUUAAAACCAGUCUAUAAACGCAAAAUUUCAGGCGAAUGUUCCCUGCAGUAAAAGUGAAGAUCAAAGGUCUCGAUCCCAAGUCUAAAUACUAUGUUAUGUUAGAUAUUGUCCCGGUAGAUCAACACAGGUACAAAUUCCACAAUUCCAAAUGGGGAUUGGCAGGGAAAGCAGAUCCAGAAGUUCACAAGCCUAUUCACGUUCACCCGGAUUCACCACAGGACGGUGAAACUUGGAUGAAGAAGGGCGCCAGCUUCUGCCGAGUCAAAGUUACCAAUAACAUGACCAACAAGAACGAGUUUGUAAGUUUUUGA